AUGUUACAAACACUUGAUGAUAUUAUGAAGGAUCAGCUAAAAACAGCAAAUGAACUUGAUGUAGCAACUACCUUUUUUUUAAAUAAAGAUAUUGUGAAAGAAUCACUGAUAGCAGCAACGAAAGAUGUUCAUUCUAUUAAAUCAGGAUUAUGUGACAUGAAAAAAUAUUUAGAACGAAUGAAAAAACAGAAUGAAAUAUGUCAGGAACUCAUAUCAUGUUACAAUUCAUUCAAUACAAAAAUAAAAUACUUAGAAAAUAAUAUACCACAAAGUCUGAUACAAGCUCUUCAAAAACCGAAUAAUCAAACCGAAGAAAAGAAAGAAUCUAAGCCACCACUUAAAAAAAUAAAACCAAAUGGAACAACACCGGCAACAAUACAAUCAGUUAAUUCUCAACAAAGAACUGAAGGAUUAAAUUCUAUAAACGACAUUAAUGCCUCUGAGUUAUUUUCUGAUGUUCAAGACUGUCGAAAGACACUUUUCAAAGAAGAAACUGAAGAUUCUUAUUUUAUAGAACCAUUAAGUGAAACUGAAUUUUCUAAAAUUCCAAAAUAUAUGAUAGGACGUCAAAAUAUCACAAAUGUAAACGACUUUAUUUCUACUAUAAACAAUGUUUUAAAGGCUAAAUAUAGUAUAUUAGCUUUAGGAAAAAUUGGAGCACGCAAAAAAGGUGAAUUAGAGUUAUAUUUGCAAUUUAAAAAAGAAGAAACCGAUGUUUAUCCUAAUUCAGGAUCAGAAAAAAAAUAUUUUUUUACAGCAGAAGAUUAUUAUCGAGAAACCAAAUUGAAACUCGAUAAAAUUAAAUUGAAUUUGCUUACAGUAUUAAGACAUAGUAAGAGAAUCCAAGAACUCCGCAAUGGCAAAGCUGUCAAGUAUGAAGUUAUAACUGCUAAUUAA